CCAGGCUCUUCCUGCAAGGUGGCGUAGCUUUUGUCUCUGUGCUCUGCAAAUGCUGCCUCGGCGGCGCCAUUUGGGAUCUGGGUCCCUUGUGCUUUGAAGAAGUAGCUGUUUGUGGGAUCAUGGACUCGCUUGGUGGUGAUGAUUUGGAAAUUAAGAACAAGGGAGACACAGUGGAGAGACAAUCAAAAUAUUCAGAGGGUGGAGAGAGUUUUAGUCAGAGCUCUCAUUCCAUUUCCAAUCAUGGAAAUCCUAUUGGGAAGAAACCUUUCCAGUGCUUGGAAUGUGGAAAAAGCUUCAGUCGGAACUCCCACCUCACUUCCCAUCAGAGAAUUCAUACUGGGGAGAAACCAUAUCAGUGCUUGGAAUGUGGAAAGAGCUUCAGUCAGAAAGAAAAUCUCGCUUCCCAUCAAAGAAUUCAUACUGGGGAGAAACCAUAUCAGUGCUUGGAAUGUGGGAAGAGCUUCAAUACAAGCACAAGCUUCCACAGACAUCAAAAUAUUCACCGUGGGGAGAAACCCUACACGUGCCUGGAAUGUGGAAAGAGAUUCAGUCAGAACACUCACCUCACUUCCCAUCGGAGAAUUCACAGUGGGGAGGAACCAUAUCAGUGCUUAGAAUGUGGAAAGAGCUUCACCUGGAAGGAAAGUUUCAUUUCCCAUCAAAUAAUUCAUACAGGGAAUAAACCGUAUCAGUGCUUGGAAUGUGGAAAGAGCUUUAAUACAAGCAAAACCUUUCAUCAACAUCAAAGUAUUCACUGUGGGGAGAAACCAUUUCAGUGUGAAGAGUGUGGAAAGAUUUUUAGACGAAAGGAAAAUCUCACUUCCCAUCAAAGAAUUCAUACAGGGGAGAAACCAUAUCAGUGCUUUGAAUGUGGAAGGAGCUUCACCCAGAAGGAAAGUCUCAAUUCCCAUCAAAUAAUUCAUACAGGGGAGAAACCCUAUCUGUGCUUGGAAUGUGGAAAGAGCUUCAACCAGAGGGCCAAUCUUACGGCCCAUCAAAGAAUUCAUACAGGGGAGAAACCAUAUCAGUGCUCAGAAUGUGGAAAGAGCUUCAGUAAGAGGGCCAAUCUUACGGCCCAUCAAAGAGUUCAUACAGGAGAGAAACCAUAUCAGUGCUCGGAAUGUGGAAAGAGCUUCAGUCGGAACUCCCAUCUCACUUCCCAUCAAAGAACUCACAGUGAGGAGAAUCAUAGAAUCACAGAAUUGUAGAAUUGGAUGGGAACCAGUGUUGAACCAAAGGCUAAACAUGCCCAGCUUCCUAAGCCGUUCCUCAUAAUGCAUCGUUUCCAGGCCUUUGACCAUUUCGGUUGCCCUCCUCUGGACACGUUCCAGCUUGUUAGUAUCCUUCUUGAACGGUGGUGCCCAGAACUGGACACAGUACUCCAGGUGAGGUCUGACCAGAGCAGAAUACAGUGGUACUAUUACUUCCCUUGAUCUAGAUGCUAUACUCCUAUUGAUGCAGCCCAGAAUUGCAUUGGCUUUUUUAGCUGCUGCAUCACACUGCUGACUCAUGUCAAGUUUGUGGUCUACCAAGACUCCUAGAUCCUUUUCACAUGUACUGCUCUCAAGCCAGGUGUCACCCAUCCUGUAUUCGUGCCUUUCAUAUAUAUUUUUUGCCCAAGUGUAGUACUUUACAUUUCUCCCUGUUAAAAUUCAUCUUGUUUGCUUUGGCCCAGUUGUCUAAUCUGUUAAGGUCAUUUUGAAGUGUGAUCCUGUCCUCUGGGGUAUUAGCCACCCCUCCCAAUUUGGUGUCAUCUUCAAACUUGAUCAGGAUGCACUCAAGCCCAUCAUCCAAGUCAUUUAUAAAGAUGUUGAAUAAGACUGGGCCCAAUACAGAACCC